AAGAUAAAAGACGAAUAAUUAAUUCCAUAUUUCUCAGCAAGAUGUACCGUCUAAAAUAUUUAAAAGCUCUUUUAUGUUUAGUUUUGUUCAACACGACAUUUAUAGCUUGCCACCACGUUAAUGACACAUACAGACUGUUACGCGACAAACUUUCAUAUUAUGACAAGACAAUCAGACCAAAAAUCAACCAGUCAGAGCAGACAGUGGUAUAUUUUACAUUCGGGUUAUUGUCUUUGAAAGAACUCGAUGAGGUAAAUCAAAGAUUGAGCGUCGCAGCCUUCACCUCAUUGGUAUGGACUGACGAAUUGUUGCGAUGGACCCCAAACGACUAUGGUAAUAUGACACAACUUCGGACUGGGAGUGGCAAAUUCUGGACACCAAACUUGAUCUUAGUGAAUAGUGCUGAAUCGGUGAAUGAACCUUCUAUGACACCGAUGGUUAUUCAAUCAAACGGCCAAGUUAUUAUUUUUCCAACUCAAUCGUUUUCAAUUCCAUGUGACUUGGAUGUAACAGCGUAUCCUUUUGACCGACAUGUAUGUUUAUUAGCUCUAUCAUCACAAAUAUACGAAACUAAUGAAUUGGUGAUAAAGCCAAUUAAGCAAGAAGUCGAUACAAGUUACUUUGUUAGCCAUGGUGCUUGGGAAUUACAAGACUCUCGGAUUGUGGACUUUACGGCGCAGUCCUUUUCAAAUAUAAAUAUAUACUUAAGUUUUGAACGGAAGCCUCGUUUUGUCAUCUUUAAUGUGAUACUUCCUAUAAUGUUCUUGUCAUUCCUAAGCGUUUUUGUAUUUCUUAUACCAUCCGACAGUGGCGAAAGAAUGUCUUUCACUUUAACAAUGCUUCUUGCAAUUUCAGUCUUUCUGACAUUGGUUGGUGAUAAUUUACCGAAAAUUUCAACAUUUAUGCCAGUGCUUAGCUAUUACAUUAUUUCUAUGUUGGUAAUGUGUGUAUCGAUAGCAUUAGCAACGAUUUUAAACCUACGUCUGUUCCAUUUAGACGAAGCUGAACCAAAACCCAGAUGUUUGACAAAGGUCGUCACACGAUGUUCUAAAAAAGCAAUUGCAAAGCAUGCUAUUUAUCCUGAAUCACCGGACAGGAACGACAUUGGAUCAAAAGACAUUGAAUUGUUAGAAACUUCGGAUGAUACACAUAAAAAAGACCAUCAGUCAUCGACUCUGCAGCAAUACAACAAUGUGAAGGUCAAUGAUAACCCAGACGAGUCUGUCGAACAAUCUACGUACCCUGGCAGUAAAAUAACAUGGAAAGAUAUAAGUGCUGUGUUCGAUAUUCUAUUUUUUCUGACCUUCCUUGUUGUAUUUAUUUUAGCUACGGUUACAUAUGUUGUAGUUGUGUUAACAAAUCGUCGAUUAACGAUUGAUGAUGCAAUAAUGUCCUUGAAAAUGAAGUUUAAUAUAGAUGUAUGAUGUUUAUGCACUCAUUGUUUUACACAACUGAUUACCAAGAUUUUGGUACUCGUGUAUUGUAUAUUUUUCAUGAUUCUGGGCAUCAAGUUUGACAUCUUAAGAAUAAGCAGCUUUGUUAUCACAAAAUGACUCAUUGGGACAGAACUAAUAUAUAUUAAAGACUUAUUGAUAUCACGAAAGAUUUUCUACACACCUUUUAAAGUCCUAAAUAUCAGCUGAUGUUUACAACGUGAAAGUUAUUUGAAGAAAACAAAAAGUAAAUCAUGAUUAGAGAUCAUUAAUACACUUGUUACUAUAUAUAGUAACAAAAUUGC